AAAGUGAAAUGACACAAUGCACUAGCAGCUACCAUUCAGCAUUCAUCAAAGCCAUCUCUUCUCCCUCCUUCCUUUCCCUUCCUUUCCAUUCCCACCACACCCUCACUUUGCUUUUAUGACAUCAACCAUUAAUGCUCAGUUCACAGAGCCUGGCUACAGAAAUGAGGCAAAUGAAGGAAGAGGAGCAGGUAAAGAGAGAGGGAGAGAGUGAGGACGGUAAGCAGUUGCUAGUUAGUACAUUUUAGCUCUUCUUUCUCUUGAAGGUGCACUGUUUCCUUUGGUUUCUACAAGUGGGGGAGACAUUCCCGCUUUUAACUGAGCCCAUGUGAUCCAUGGCUCUUUUGCUUGCGAUUGCAUAAUGUCUAUAAAAAAGGCUCAUAUGAACUGCAUGAAUCGGAUACAAAUGAAGCCUCCCUAUCUACUAUCUAGUCUCUACUCUCUUAUCCCCCCUCUCAUAGUUAUUGCUAACAACUACACCGACCAACCCACCCAUGGCAGCAAGCAUGUGUGCCAUAAAUUUCCAUGGAUAAGUGGCUUGAUGAACCAGACACUAAUCACAUAGCCCUUAAGCUCUACUUCCACACCCUUAACCACAUGUUUCAGUUUCCCUGCUGUGAGUCUAUAAAUUGCUAUUGCCUUUUCCUCCCCCUAAGCAAUAAAGAAAGAGCCUUCUACUCAAGCCCAACGGACCACUGAAAGCUACUCCCUCUCCCUACCGCUACACAUCCUCCCUCCAUAUAGGCCAAAUGAUAUUCACAUGACCUUGUUUCUAGUGAGGGGAAGAAAAAGAAGAAUUAAAAUUCAUUUUCUCCUACUUGUCGCUCAAAGCUGGAAUUCACCAACUAUUCUCUGCUGUUGUUCCGUUUCAUUAUCCACAGAACCUGAAGAAGAGCUCAUCUUCUAGUAGUACAUGAUAAUGCUCUGAAAAUUCUUUGCCACUAAAAUCCAAAGCGCUCACAAAGGUUGAAGAAGCCUUAGUGUGGGGAGAAGUCUAUAUUUCCUACUUGCUCUCAUCUUGCCAUGAAUCAUCCGGUUAUUAUUGUUUUGUUCGUCUCUUCUUUGUUCACUAUAUCACUGUCCCGAAAGGUUGAGCUCCCCACUAGAAAUGCACAAAUCAGAGUUAUCGGGUUUGUUUAUUGUGAUAUCUGCUCUAAUAACAGCUUUUCCAGACACAGCUACUUCAUGCCAGAUGCAGAAGUUAGAAUAGACUGCAAGUUCAAAGCAAGUGCACCGAAAACAAGGGAGCAAAUAGCAUUCUCAGUAAACAGGACAACAAACAGGUACGGAAUGUACAAAUUAGAAAUACCAGCUGUUGAUGGGAUCGAGUGUGCAGAGUCGGCCAUUGCAUCUUCCUGCGAGGCAAGCUUGAUGCGGACUUCAUCCAAAUCGUGCAAUGUUCCUGGAUACAAAACCACAUCAGAUGAGAUAGCAAUCAAAGCCAGGAAUCCCAAUCUCUGCAUCUACAGCCUCAAUGCAUUGAAUUUCAGACCGUCGAAAAGCGAGAACUCUCUGUGUGGGCAUUAGUGAAAGAUCAAAAGGCUUAGAGAAGUUUGUUCUGGGACACAACAAAGUUUUCCUAUAAAUGAAUUGACUUCUCCGUUAAUUUUCAUAGUUGCCCUCUACCAUUUUGUCAGUCUUGCAAUCUGCCCUUCUGUUAACCCAGCGGAAUCUAUUCUUCAAACCCACGACCCAGAUUCACCAAAUUUAUACUCAAUUAUCAUUUGGGUUUCUGUGUUUCUCUUGGUUGAUACUAUUAUGUCGGAACACUGUGUAAAUGCAAAUGCAGAUAUGUCAGUAUGGACAAGCUUUUUCAUCAUUAAGCUUCUGUAGCCUAUUAGAUAUACGGUCUUGUGGCUAACCACCAAGUAGUUACCCAA